CUACGGUGACCAGCUGUUACAAGAAAUUACUGAGGCUUUAGAAAAAAUGAAACUAUACAUUGUUGUUCCCCAGACGUCCUGCAGGAAUCGAUGCUACGAGCCCUAUGAUGACGAGAUCCCCAGCUGCAGAUGUGAUGAAAACUGUAUCGCCAGCAGCAGCUGCUGCUACGACUACCAUGACAUCUGCACUGUCCCUACUCAGCAGUGGGAGUGCACGAAGCUGCGUUGUGGAGAGAAGAGGCUAACGCAGAGCAGAUGUCACUGCUCUGAUGACUGCGCGUCUGCAGGAGACUGCUGCACAAACUACAAACAUGUCUGCCAUGGAGAGAAAGAGUGGGUGGAGGACGAAUGUGAGGACCUGUCAGCCCCCACAUGUCCAGCAAGCUUUAAGCGCCAGCCUCUGCUCCUCGUCUCUUUGGAUGGGCUACGGGCUGAGUACUUGCAGACCUGGAGCUCUGUCAUCCCUGUUCUGGACAAACUCAAGAAGUGUGGAACCUCAGCACCGUACAUGCAGGCAGCAUUUCCCAGCAAGACUUUCCCCAAUCACUACACCAUUGUUACGGGUCUCUAUCCAGAGUCCAACGGUUUGAUUGACAACACUAUGUAUGACCCUGUGUUUGAUGCCACCUUCAGUCUGUCCAGUCCAGAGAAAGAUAACCCUGACUGGUACCUCGGAGAGCCUAUUUGGCACACAGCAAUGUACCAGGGGCUGAAGUCUGGGACUUUCUUUUGGCCAGGAUCAGAUGUCAAAAUCAAUGGAAGCUUUCCCAACAUCUUCCAACCUUACAAUGGUAAAGUGCCAUUUGAAGAAAGAGUUUUCACUGUACUUAAGUGGCUACAGCUGCCUGAUGAUGAAAGACCAGACUUCUACACGUUGUAUCUGGAGGAACCUGAUAAAUCUGGACACAGCUACGGUCCUGUCAGUGGAGGGCUGAUUGAAGCAAUCCAAGGGGUGGAUAGGAUCAUUGGUCAGCUUAUGAAUGGUUUGAAGCAGAUUGGCCUCCACCGCUGUCUCAACAUCAUCAUCGUGGCAGAUCAUGGUAUGGAGGCCACAAGCUGCGACAGGAAGGAGGCAAUGUCGGAGCUGGUAGGAAACAUCAGCAACUACUGGGUCACAGAGGGACCAUUCGGACGUAUCAGAGCCAAAAACAAAGACACAGUAUGGGACUCAGCUGGACUUGUUGCUGACAUGACUUGUAAGAAGCCAGACCAAAAGAUCAAGCCGUACCUGAAGGCCAACCUGCCGAAGCGCCUCCACUUUGCCAAUAGCCGUCGUAUUGAAGAUGUCAGCGUCCUGGUGGACCCAAAAUGGCUGUUCGAGAGAUAUCCAGGAUCACUCACAUUCUGCUCUGGAGGCAAUCACGGCUAUGACAACGAUGUUGAGAGCAUGCACGCCAUGUUUGUCAGUUAUGGACCCAAGUUUCAGUACAAAACAGAAAUUGAACCCUUUUCCAACAUCGAGCUGUACAAUCUUAUGUGUGACGUGCUGCAGAUCUCUCCCACUGUCAACAACGGGACCCACGGCAGUAUGAAUCACGUCCUGAGGCAACCCUACCACAUACCAGUGCCACCUGCAGAGCAGAGUAGGCCUGUUCAGUGUCCACUGAUCAGCCUCAAUCCUACAGACAACCUGGGAUGCUCCUGUCCUGCCCUGAGUGGAAAUGCUAUCAACAGUCGUCUAAAUCUGACAGCAGAGGAAAAGUCCGCUGCAGAGAAAAAACACAUGCUGUUUGGUCGUCCCCAGAUGCUGCAGCCUGGCCAGACUUACUGCAUCCUAUACCAGGAGGGAUUCAUUAUCGGCUACAGCCACAAAGCCCUGAUGCCUCUGUGGAGCUCCUUCACCGUUGACAAACCAAUAAGCUUGGACGUAUUACCAGCAGUGACACCAUUCUGUCUGAGGGCUGAUGUCAGAGUCCCAGGGUCCCAGAGUCCCAGAUGUGACCAGUACAACAGUGCUAGGAACCUGACCACCGCUUUCCUGUAUCCACCCAACCUGAAUGCAACAGUGGACCAGCAGUACGACGCUCUACUCAUGAGUAAUGUAGUGCCGAUGUACCCAGAGUUUAAGAAGAUCUGGGACUACUUUCACGGCACCCUAUUAAAAAAAUAUGCCUCCAUUUACAACGGAAUUAACGUAUUGAUGGGCCCCGUCUUCGAUUACAACUAUGACGGCCAGUACGACACUCCAGAGCAGAUCCAGCAGUUUGUUUCCGGCACGAACAUCUCCAUCCCCACACAUUACUUUGCGGUGUUGUCCAGCUGCAGGGACUCAGCGGUGCCUGUGACCUCCUGCGUUGGCGAGAUGCAGACCGUGUCCUUCCUGCUGCCUCACAGACUCAACAACUCAGAAAGCUGCAAAAGUACAGAAGCCGAAUCUCAUUGGGUUGAAGAUCACAUGUGGUUCCAUCAAUCACGCGUCAGAGACGUUGAGUGGAUCACAGGAUUGGACUUGUACCGGGGAAGCAAUCGACCAGUCCCAGAGCUGCUGAGGGUGAAGACCCGCCCCACAGCUGCCAUUCAAAGAAAAAAAUGAAAUUGCUCCUUUCCACAAAAAAAAUCACUAAUAUUCAAUAUUUGUAAAAGUAAUUUAUUAUUGAGUAAGUAGCCUUUAAUUGUGAUAUC